AUGGCAUCAACAGGAGGAGGUGGAAACAACCCAGGUGGAAACAACCCAGGUGGAUCUGGACAUUCCGGGUCUGGUUCAAAGAAGCAGAAAGAGACCGAUCCAAGGGAGCCUCGAAGCGGCUCCUGGCAGCACGUCCCACUGACGGAGUGGGAAUGGGCUGAGGAGCCAGCUAGGGUCAACUGUGUUAGAGGCAACUGUGAGCGUGAUGCGCACGUGCAUUCUGGUGAAAGCAAUUACACUCAUGAGAAGAAGAAGUGA